UUACAUGGUGCUCAGCAGAACACGCCUCCACAACUGUCCUCAUUUAAUUGCUGUUAGGGCAUGUGUUUGUUUAAUUCAUGUCAUUGCUGUGUAAUUCAUGCUUUUCAUAGAUAUUUAGGUUUUGUUUCGUUGUAAGGGUCAGUCAGACUCGUUAAUGUUUGCCCAUAUAACUUGCGCUAACUCUCUCAGGUUGGCAUAAAAGAAUCAUGCCAGCCUGCCACAAAAGUCGAAAAUCAGGGAAGGAUACCGCUGUGCAGGGAACAAAUGACAGCAGUGUGGUUAGCAAGGUGUCAGCAUCAGUCUAUGGUUACUUCCGAGAUGACUUCCAGAGACGGUUUGUUUGCAAGGUGUCUCGACGAGCCCCUCUCAUCAACAGGGGUUAUUACGUGAGAUGGAAGGUUGUGGAUCACUGUGUCAAAGAGUUUAUCCAGGUGACAUCAAGCUUUAAUAGAAGACAGGGCUGGGAGCAGUGUGUAUGUUUAGACAUGAACCAGUUCUACCUGGGUCUCGUCCCUCAGCCGGAGAGACAGAGAGUGGAAAGAUUGGAGCCAUUUGAUGAGUUUGAGGAAUGGCACCAGAAGUGUGCUCACUAUUUCAUCCUCACUGCCUCCAAAGGCUCUCUUACCAGCCAGGCUCUCCUCACUCAUCCCACAGUGUCCCCUAUUCCUCCUCUGAAGCCCCAGCUUGAGCCUGAGCCUCUGAGUGUUAGUGUCCUUUCGGGUGACCCUUGUGUGGAGGGCCUGGGGAUGGCCUCGGCCCUGCUGGAGCCUGACGUCCUCAUGCUCACCGGAGGAUUCGGGAGGAGUGGCAGAGAGACCGCUGUCAGGGUCCUUGUCAGAGGCCAGGGUGGCUGGAGCUGGGCCAGUGUGGAGACCUCUGCAGACUGGGGGGCUCGACUGUACCACACAAUGACAGCAGUCUCUGGAUGGGGUGCACUGGUAUUUGGUGGCAGAUCAUCCCCAUUGAAGCCUUGAAGUGAUGUUCUCAAAGUGACCUAUGACCUCAGGGAGAACACAGAAUCCACUGCAACAUCUUUGUCAAUGACUGUGUCAGUGAAGGAAAUGGAAUGCAGUGGCUGUCAUCCACAACCAAGAUGGCGGCAUACUGCUACUUUGCUGAAACAUAAUGGCCAAACUUUAUUAGUUGUAUGUGGAGGACGUACAGAGAUGGAGCCAGUCUUAGGUGAUGUCCACUUCCUGGAUUUGGAGACCAAACACUGGACAGAGAUUUCAGUGGAGGGUGUCUUCCCUGAGGCUCGGCAUUCGCACUCCUCUUGUGCCUAUCAGGAAGGUGUGGUCAUAUUCGGUGGUCUAGGAGGAAAAGGAAUUCCUUUAGGAGAUACCAAUUUACUAAAAGCCACAUCUAAAGGUUUCUGCUGGGAGACAUUACAGGUGCAACCUCCUGUACUACCCAGGUAUUCCCAUUCUGCCCAUGCGAUUGGUGAGAAGCUUGUUGUGGUUGGCGGAGUUUGGCUCCAGGCGGAGAGUGUGCCAGGAGUGGCAGUAAUCAACCUGAGCACAGGUGCCAGUGUGGAGUACGACCUGGACACAUCUUCUAUUCCUUGGCCCCUCAUGCUGCAUUCCUUCUGCUCUGAGCUCCUUGACUCGGAGAGGUCAAAGGUCACUUUAAUUGGUGGAGGAGGGAACUGCUUUUCAUUUGGCACCCACUUAAAUCUCCAUCCUGUGACUGUGGACCUGAGUCCGGCACUCCUAGAACUUACCACUUCACUCAUCGCAGAACCACUAUAGAUCCUAGAGGAAGACAUGGCAACCUUGCAUUAUAUGUCACAGAACUAUAACUGACAUAAUCACUGCUGGAAGCUGCAGUAGGGAAAUCUUUGUCAAAACCAGGAAACUGGCCAAACAAACAAACACACAAACUUAAGUUGGUCUGUCA